UUCGAUCUCUUUACCUCAUCUCUACCAUCCUUCAAAACUAAGCAUUUGACGGCGCGAGAUUCCAACGAAAAUACAAUUACAAGCCACUCGACUAUGAAGCUCUUCACGUAUAGCGAGGCUAUCACGCUAUUCAGCAUCUUAGCGCCAGUGACAGCCAUGGCAAUUCACCAGGGCCCAGAGCUAAUAGCAGCGCCCAACCGAAAUAGUGACUUCAGCUUUUAUUGUCGAAGUGGAAAGUCGUACAACAAAAAUUAUCUCAUGGGAGAAGUUCGAGAUGCCAUAAAUCUCAUUGGCGAAUCUAGAACAUUCCUUAUUCAUCCUGAACCUUUCGAAGAAGUUCAGUACCAAAUCUCCGGAGAACAAUGGUUUUAUCCUCUUCAAGCGUACUAUGGCUCACGAGAUCAUGUCGUGUUCACAAGAGACGCACAAGUCGCGGGCGUGGUUCACCUCAUGAUCCGUGAUAAUGGCGAGCGAUACUACGAUCCCUGUAUUAUAACAUAA